CAGGUGUGUGUGGUUGCCAGAGAAAAGCGUCAACAUGGCGGGCGACGAUAUAACGAAAGAUUCAAAGAAAUUGGAUGAAUUCAUCAACAAAGUGGAUGAAAUUGAGACUUUGGUGAAAACUCUCAAGUAUGGAGAAGAUAAGGAUGUCAAACAAGCUAUGCAGAAAGCUGAUGAAAUAAUUGCCAAAAACCAAGCACAGCUAAAUGAGAAGUUGAACCAGACAGAAGAUGAGGAGGAGGAAUCUAAGGAACCCUUACCCUCCACCAAAACGGGAUUCAGUAAAACUGUAAUCAACAAGUCCCCCUCCACAGCACCACCUCCCAGUGGUCCCCAGCCAAUGGCACCACCAGAUCAACUAGGUUUUAUGGCAGCCAUGGAAGCAGAUGCAAGAGAGAGGGCAGAAAGGAGAAAAGUUGGUGAGAAGAAGGCUAAUGAGUUGAAAGAGAAAGGAAAUGAAGAAUUCCGACAGGGGAAUUAUGAGAAAGCACUAGAGUUCUAUACAGAGGGACUGACGCAUAUUAAAGAUCAUCUCGCUUUAUGGACCAAUAAGGCACAGACUAACAUUAAAUUAGGUAGAUAUGAAGAUGCUCUUGUUGACUGUGAUUGGGCAAUAAGGGUUUUUAACAACAGCAUGAAAGCCCAUGUUCUGAUGGGAAAGGCUAAUCUUGGUCUUAGGAAAUACAAGGAAGCAAGAGAGGCUUACAAGAAAGCUCUUGAAUGUGACCCAACCAAACAAAACCUGAUCAACGACUACUUGGCAGAAGUUGAUAGGGCGGAACGGACACAGCAGGAGGAAGAUAAGGCAAAGGAGGCUUUUCAGGCAGGUGAUAAAGGCCCUGUAGCUUUACUUCAGCAACUCCAGAAGAAAGACCAGCUUCCUAUUUACUACAGUGGAGGAUUUCAAAUAAUGCAAAAUUUCCUGAAAAACAAUGAAGAACGGACUCUCUUUAGAACAGAGGGAGGAUUCCAAAUUGUUAAUGAACAUCCAUGCUUCUCUAAAUGUUUUUCUGCUUCACCAAAGAGUCUGUCAAAGGAGGAAUUAGAUAUGUUGAACUCCGGAUUGUGCAUGUUCAGUUUGGCUUGUGAAGAUAAUGAGAAGAAUCAGGAAGUUUUCUUGUGUAUCGAAGGGAUGCCUGACAAACUGAUGAGGUUCAUGGAAGUGAAAAUGAAAGGUCUAGGUCGUGUUCUUAAAUCCAGUUGUGUGAAGAUUCUUCACACAGUGACGAUAUCUGUUAUUGGACGAUCAUUGGUGUUUCAAAAGUUUGACAUUUCCAGAUUACUUACCAUUGUGUUCAACUUGAUCAGAGCAAAUGAUGAUGCUGCAUUAACCGCAGGAUGUGUUCUGAACAAUCUGGCCCUUGACAACAAGUUUAAGCAGCAACUAAGAGAUAAAAUUGAAAUAAGUGUCAUACCGGCUUUUGAAAAUCUUUUGAAGGAGGGAUCUAGUAAACAGUCCGUUCUACCCUCCUGUGUCUCCACAAUCACCAACCUCUCCACUGAUGUUGUCAUCAGGAAAAAGAUUUCCGACAGGAAAGAUCUCUGGAAAAUCCUUUUAGACACUGUUUCUAACCACAAACAAAAAUUACCUCAACCUAUCAGUGUGGAGCUUGUGGAAGCUUGCUUAGGCCUCAUAUCUAAUUUGACCCAUGAACAAACUAGUAUGAACUUUAAGGAGUUUAGUCUUCCCAUUUGCAAACAGUGCCUCAUGAUCUGUCAAUCGCUGAAACACUACAAGUUGAUGGUAUCUCGCAGCCUAGGCAUUCUCAGCCACAUCUUACCCUACUCCAUUCCAUCAGUGGACUGGUUUUGUGACAACGUAGGGGUGGAGGUCUUGGUGUUCAUUUUGAAGAACGACGAAGAAUCGGCCAAUAGGAAGUUUGCCCUGAAGGCCCUUACUGGCUGCACUCAGAUAAAUGACCAUGCCCGAAUUUUCGUGGUGGACCACAAAGGAUUGGGGACUCUGAUAAAACAACUGCAAUGUGAGGAUGAGACUGUGAUAGGAAAUGCUGCUCUGUGCCUCAGCCACUGCACCCAGGUGCCCAAAGUUUGUGCAGCCCUAGCAAAGACUGAUAUCAUUAAGGACCUCUUGGUUUUGGCGCGAGAUGGAAAGAAGUCUGGUCUCCAGCAAAAUUGUGCCAUUCUUAUAGCUAAGCUUGCUCAGGGUGAUAAGAGGCAUUUAGAAAGACUACGGGAACUUCAUGGAAUUGACAUUCUACAUGACUGCAUGAAGUACUUGAAAUGAUAAAGUAUUUGAAUGUGUUCUGUUAAUGUAAUGUUUUGGAUAUGUAUUGAAAAAUGGAUUAAGUUGGGGAUAACUGUAAAUAUGCAUUCAUAUGAAGCAUUAAAAAGAUUCAUAAUGUUCUAUUUUUUAUAACCAUUUGAGUGAGU